AUGCAUUUAACUUCUAAUUCAUCUUAUAAAUCAUACAACCCGUACUACAACUUUAAUAACAACUUAUAUCAUCCAUACUGCACAUGUUGUAGUUUAGUGGAAACUUCUCAAUCCAAUGUACUCAAAGAGACACCAUCACGGCCAUAUAAAUCUGAAAUAACAAGAAAAACACGCUCUUACGUGACGUUGGCGUGUACAAGUUGUCGAGAUAAAAAGGAAAAGUGUUCGGGUGAAGAAGUAUGCGCGAAUUGUAAGCGACAUAAUCGUAAAUGUAUAUACGUUCAACCAAUUAAAAAGAGAGGACCUAAGCCCAAAUCUGCUGAAAAACCACUUAUCACUCCAAAAAUUGUGAAUUUAUUAAAUCCUAUUGUUUAA